AUGCAGGAACCCCGGAUCCUGCCCGGAGUCCUCCGGUUCAUCCUCGCUGGCAUCUCGCACCGCAGCCUCCUCACCCCAUCGUACUCCAUCGCCGACCGUCAAGCUUUCCUUGCCAAAAUGCUGCGCCUCAGCCUCGCCUCGCUGCUCGUGCUGCUGCUGGGGGUCAGCCUGGGGGCUGCCUUUCCCCACGACAGCCCGGGGGAAGGCUGCCGGCUGUCCAAGUACCAGAACAUCGCACCCAAGCAGCGGCAGGCUGUGGACAAGAUAAGACAAGAGUUUGAGAACAACCACAAAUGCAACACCAAGCUGUUCCGCCGGAGAUGGAACGCAGUAGACCUGCCGAUCUCCGACCGAGCGCUGCUGGUGGCGGCCGAGCUGAACCUCACCAUUGCCAUGCUGGAGCUGCCCGCUGCCCCCGGCUUUGCCGAGGUGUGCCGGCAGCCCCUGGAGUUCUUCAGGGACGCCCGGGAGGACGUGCGGGGCUGUGUGAGUGCCGAGUGUCCCUCGCACCAGCCCUCGGGCAGGCUGAGGCACUGGCUGCACAAGCUGCAGGCGGCCAUGCGAGCAAGCACGGCGUGCCUCAGGGCCACCACCAUCGUGCACGUCCUGCAGGUGCUGGACAACCUGCGCUGCGCUGCCCUCCAGGACAAGUGCUGA